AUGCCGCUGACGCGGUCACCUGUUAGACGACCGGUAAACCUACCGUCCGAAGCAUCUGAGGCUCAAAUUAUGGAGCCGCUGCCCCCGCAAGAAUCUACCUCCCCGUCCACGCCUCAGUCAUCAAAUUUUCUCCCAUCAUGGAGGUCAAUUGUCGAUAAUUCAUCUAAUAGCAGCCACCAAAGCACAGUUUCGUCUCUACCUCUCAGCAAAACCUUUAUCGCAUCAGGUCCCACAGCCACUAUGCCGUUACAUAGUCAACAGUCAGCCAACGUUUCUGAAGCUUCUAUAUCUGAACAAAUCCAAACAUUAGCUAUGGACAUAGUGGGCACUUUGAGACAGUCCAAAUCAGUCACAGCGGAAAUGCGGAAUCGAGCAGUAGAUACUGCACACCAAAUAGUCCUAGUUGCCAAUAGAUCACUCUCCCGUCGGGCUGAGGAAUCCGAGGCAGAUAUCGUUGAGCAUCGGCAAGAAAUAGCCUCAGUUCGACAAGAGUUAAGUGAUAUAAAGGAGUUAGUAACCAAUGCGCUUACCGCACCACCUAAUAAUCUCUCCCAACCGGAGUUCUUAGUGACUCGUGAUCCACAGAUACCAAGUUCCAUAUUAGAUGCCAUUAUGGAUGAAAUUCGCGAGCUUCGAAAGGAAUUGACAGAGCGGAAUGCAUAUUGUGCCGCUUCGCAUGUAACACGCAGUGAACUUCAUGAAAUUCUCCGUGACAAUAUGGAGCCCUUUAGUAAGGAACUAAAAACCGUCACUACUACAAUGCUGGAACUCAAAGAAGCAAAACACGAUGAGGUUAUUGCCCUAAUGAAUGAACAAGGCUCCGCCCUUGCAACCGACUUGGCACUAGCGGAGGUGAGAACUCAGCUAAACCAAAUCCAGACUCAAGUUAACAACAAUACUGAGAUGGCUAGGCAAGCUGCCAAUUACAAGGAUAAGGAGCCCACUAAACAGCCGCCUCUGGAGGCACCGAAUCCAGAUGAUCGUUUACAUUCAGCCCAAACGCAAAAGGAGAGAAAUCAACGGCCCCGUAGUUAUGCAGAGAUUACGGCUAAGCCCAACUUUGCAGUUCUCUUAGAGUCAGCUGAUCCUCGCAAAACUAGCGAGGAUGUCAUUAAACAGGUAAAACAGAGUGUGAACGUAAUUGAGCUUGGAAUCGGUGUCAACCGAAUAACCAAGAUAAAAAACCAAAAGGUAAUUAUGAGUUGCAGUUCCCAAGAAGAGCGAAAAGCGCUCCAAAAUGCUAUACGAGAGAAAUGUACCCAAGUAUCCGCAAAGAGCGCUAAAGACAGACUCCCGCAAGUUAAACUGUUAGGAGUUAUUAAUGACCUAACUAAUGACCAAGUAGAAAAGGCACUUAUCAAUCAAAAUAAGAGACUACUAUCCUCAGUGCAAACAGAUUCUACAGUUAAAGUUGUCCGCAGAACCAAAGGCAGAACGCAGGAAACAAAUAACAUAAUUCUUGAAGUCUCCCCUAUAGUAUGGAACGCCGUGAAAGGGCAAAAACUUCACAUAGGGUUACAGUCUGUCCAGGCAGUAGACCAGUCGCCUAUAGUACAAUGUUAUAAGUGCAUGGGAUAUAACCAUAAGGCGGCGGACUGUAAAGACCAGGUUAAAUGUGGUUAUUGUGCGAAAAACCACGAUACCAGAGAAUGCAGGAGUCGUGAUUCCCUGCCCCGUUGCUGCAAUUGCACAUUAGCAAAAAGACAGGAUACGGCGCACCCAUCCUAUAGUCAAGAAUGCCCCGAUUGGCAAAAGUGGGAUGGGAUAGCCCGUUCCGCAGAACGAAUCAAAAUAGUUCAAGUAAACCUCGGAAGAGGAUACGCGGCAACACAGGAAUGCCUCUCCGAGGCCACCGAUCAAGGUUACUCUAUAAUGCUCUUGCAGGAACCAUAUGUAGGAUCCAAAGGCUUCUUAGCUCUUGGCACUAAACAUCGAAUCUAUCAACAUCCAACCGUUAAUAGCACACAACCAGUAAGAUCAGCCAUUGUUGUAUUGAAUCCCAAUCUCCGCAUUAUUGAAAGUUCACAAUGGACCACCCGUGACAUAGUAGCAAUAAAACUAAAAACUGAUACUGCAACCAUAACUAUUAUUAGUGUAUAUCUAGAUAAGACCUAUAACAUUGAACAAUCUAUUACAUCUCUUCAAACGAUAAUAAACGCGACUGAUUCGACUAAUCUUGUUAUAGCAGGUGAUGUAAAUGCUAAGAGUCCUUGGUGGGGAUGCGACACUGAAGAUGUUAGGGGAUCGGUUCUUGUAGAUGUCAUAUUUGGUUUAGGUAUGGAAGUUCUCAACGAGGGAUCCCAACCGACUUUCUCCGUCUUCCGUCAAGGACAACACUGUCGAAGUAUUAUUGAUAUUACUGCUUGCUCAGCCCACAUUUUAAAUCAGCUCACAGAUUGGCAAAUUAAGCCUAAUCUCUGCUCAUUGACAGACCAUAUUCCUAUUUCAUUCACUAUUACCACUCAUAAAUUGAAUUGUCCAGAAUCGUCAAUUUCUUCCACGCGAAUGUAUCAUACUGUCAAUGCCGACUGGACCAUAUUUGAAGAGAUAUUAAAGGACACAUUAGCAUCGCAAAACAUCAAUUCUCACUCUAUACAGAAUAUAAGUAAUACUAAAGACCUAGAAAGUACUGUUGAAAAAUACCAAGAAGCAAUCACUAAUGCUUGCAGUGGAGCAAUACCCAAAGUUGAAAAAUCUACGAUGAAAGCGAAGUCGAAGUGGUGGACGAAAGAAUUAAGUAAACUCAAAGCAGAAGUCAAAAGGAUAAGGAAUAAAAUAAAGAAAGCUAAUGCACACAGGAAAGAUAUAAUAAUAAAAGAAUACUUGGAGAAAAAGACAGAAUAUAAAAAAGCAAUAGAGGAAGCUAUAACUAAAAGUUGGAAGAAAUUUUGUACAACAGAAGAAAAAGAGACAGUUUGGGAAAGAACAUAUAGAAUUCUUAAAUACAGUGGUAAAACUAUACGAGAAAACCUACUCAUUAGCGAUGAUGGAAAUACUCUUACAUCAGAUGAAUCUGCAAUAUUAAUGGCUAAUACAUUCUUUCCUGAAGAUGAUCCCUCAAACGACACUGACGAACAGAUAGAUACAAGACAAAGAAUAGAUAAACUUAGAGGAAAAGAGCUCCCAUUAAAUAGAAAUAUCAUGCUGUUUACGAAAGAAGAAUUACAUAGUUCACUCAAAAGCAUGAAAGCUAAGAAAGCCCCUGGAAUUGAUGGUUUCACUGCCGACAUCUGCAGGAAAGCAUAUGACUCUGACCCUGACACACUACUGGCAAUAUACAACCAAUGUCUAUUAUUCAGUUACUUUCCUGAAGUAUGGAAAAAGGCCUUUAUCAGAAUUAUACCGAAACCAGGGAAAUCAGAAUAUAACCAUCCAAAGGCCUUCCGUCCAAUUGGGCUUCUGCCCUUGUUGGGGAAGAUUCUUGAAAAGAUGGUUGCUAAACGUUUACAGUGGGAUCUCAUAACUAAUAGUUCUUUACAUACGAAUCAAUAUGGUUUUAUUCCCCAACGUAGCACGGAGGACGCAUUAACUGAUGCCCUAUCCUUAAUAGAGGAGGCACUGACCAACAAGCGUAUGGCAGUCAUGGUCUCCUUGGACAUCCAAGGAGCAUUUGACAGUGCAUGGUGGCCAGCUAUAGUGACACAAUUGGAAGAAAAGAAUAUCGACACGGACAUUCUCCAUCUCAUCGCUUCAUACCUUUCUGACAGAAAGAUUGUAUUGAGUUACUCCGGUAGUAUACUGACCAGAACGACGAACAGAGGGUGUAUUCAAGGUUCUAUCUGUGGUCCUACCCUCUGGAAUGUGCAACUGGAUCAGGUAUUGGAGUCUACUCAAUACCCACAUGUCAGAAUUCAGGCCUUUGCUGACGAUAUUCUCUUAAUAGCCCAAGGAGAUACAGGCGAGGAAAUUGAAGGUAAUCUUAAUUCUGCACUAACAAAACUGGUAGCAUGGGGGAAGAAACUAAAACUUCAGUUUGCACCGCAAAAAACACAAGCUGUCCUAUUUACAAGAAAAAUCAAAUACAACACCCCUAAAUUGGUAAUGGAUGGUAUACAUAUACGGUUACAAAAAGAACUUAAAGUCCUUGGAUUAACAAUAGAUCAGAAUCUAAAUUUUAGAAAGCAUUUAAGUAACGUAACAAAGAAAGCACUUAACAUUUAUAAGUCCGUAUCUAGAAUGGCUAGGGCCCAGUGGGGCUUGAAUUCUGACAUUUUAAAACUUAUUUACCGAACAGUAGUGGAACCCACAAUUUUAUACGCUGCAAGCUGCUGGGCGCAAACCACCAACAAACGAUCAACUUGCUCUCUCCUCGAUAGGGUUACCAGACUAUUUGCAAUAAAAAUAAUUAAAGGUCAUCGUACUACAUCAUUCACAGCCAGCGUUACCCUAGCGGGUAUCCUCCCACUAAAAUAUAGAGCAAUAGAACUGGCAGAGCUAUAUCAAAUUAAAAAAGGUAAACCACUGGAGAGCCUGCCGGGAAGAGAGUUUGAAACACGUACGCCUUUGGCCGCUUUACCGCAUCCAUCAUCCAGAUCUAAAAUCGAAUUCACAAUAAUAAACAAUCAGGACGAAAUCAAUGAGAUUAUUGACAACACUUUACCUCAAAUCUAUACGGAUGGUAGUAAGAUACAGGAUAGAGUUGGUGGCUCUGCGUCAAGCUGGUUUAACGGCAAAGAGGUUUGGUCCACUACUUUUCGUUUGGAAGAUUUUUGUUCAGUAUAUCAGGCGGAACUCAUGGCGAUUCUUAAAGCUUUAGAGUAUAUGAAUAAAAAACGUGACCAUAUACAGGCUAAUAUACUUAGUGAUUCAAAAUCAGCACUGCAAAGCAUUGCGGAUCCAUGCUCUCUUCAUCCACUCACAAUAGAAAUAAGAAAUCGGAUAAAGAACCUAAUGGAACGCGGAGGCAAAGUUUAUUUUUAUUGGGUAAAGGCACAUGUAGGAAUCCAGGGCAAUGAACGAGCAGAUGAUUUAGCAAAAACUGCUGCCUUAAAGAAAAGGGCAAAACCUGCCUAUGACCGCUUUCCUCUAUCUCUAGUCAAAAGGGAACUCAGAGAAAGAUCAGUUGAAGCAUGGCAAACAGAAUAUAGUAACUCGUCGACAGGCAGCAAUACUAAGAUCUUCCUUCCAGAUGUCAGGAAAGCGUACAAAAUUCUGCAAAAAACUAAGUUUGAUAGUGUCACUACUCACCUUUUGACUGGGCAUGGAGGAAAUAGGUCAUACUUGCACAAAUACAAGUUAAUCGACUCUCCAGCAUGUAAAUGUGAUGACGAAACGCCGCAAACUAUCAUACAUAUAAUAACAGAAUGUCCUAGAUUUGCAAAAAUAAGAUAUAACUGCGAAUGCCUAAUUAACAGUAAAAUUACUGAGAACAACCUGGAGCAUAUCUUUCAUGACGAUGAAACAAGACCUUUUUUCUUGAAUUUUGCAAAGACCACCCUCCGAAUAGUAGGAAAGGAGAACGGAACCAAGAAUCUUGAUUGA